CGUGCAGCCUGCGCCAUGCCGCGCUCACGCGUGGGGGACCGGCCUGCGGAGCACUGGCCCGGAAAACAGCCAAAGUGCCCUCCCGCGGGGAAAUGUCCCCGUCCUUCCUGUCCUCUCUUUACAGGCCUCCCAACUCUCCAGGCAGAUUUUUCCAAAAUCCAAACCCCAGCCCACCUGGCACCCACCUCUGGCAACUUGGAGCGUUUCCCACAACGCCGUGCGCAAGGCGUUGGCUUGUGUAACCUCGAAACGCUAAGUAUUUUUCUCAUCUGUGCAGUGGGUAUGAUUUUUUCCUGAUCAAUUUACGUGGAUAAUCUGAAAUUAAACCACUUCAGUUAUGAAACUCUUUUCCUUUUGGAGCCGCGCAGGAGACCUUGCUCUGCCUUUCUGCGAGUCCCAGUGGUGUCACAUAUGCGAGGGCCUGACUUUCAGUUGCCAGAGUGGUACAGGAUGGUGGAUUGUACUACACUUCUGUUUCCUCUUACUUGCCACUGCUGAACCUUUGUAUUUCAGAUUAAGUGAGUCCAGGUUUUGGUUCCCACCAUGGCCAUCACACAGUUUCGGUUAUUUAAAGUUUGUACCUGCCUAGCAGCAGUAUUCUCAUUCCUAAAGAGAUUAAUAUGCAGAUCUGGCAGAGGACGCAAAUUAAGUGGAGACCAAAUAACUUUGCCAACUACAGUUGAAUAUUCAUCAGUUCCUAAGCAGACAGAUGUUGAAGAGUGGACUUCCUGGGAUGAAGAUGCACCCACAAGUGUAAAGAUUGAAGGAGGGAAUGGGAAUGUGGCCACCCAGCAAAAUGCUUUGGAACAACUAGAACCUGACUACUUUAAGGACAUGACACCAACUAUUAGGAAAACUCAGAAAAUCGUUGUUAAGAAGAGAGAACCAUUAAAUUUUGGCAUCCCAGAUGGUAGCACAGGUUUCUCUAGUAGAUUAGCAGCUACACAAGAUAUGCCUUUUAUUCAUCAAUCUUCUGAACUGGGUGACUUAGAUACCUGGCAAGAAAAUACCAAUGCAUGGGAAGAAGAAGAAGAUGCAGCCUGGCAAGCAGAAGAAGUUCUGAGGCAGCAGAAAAUAGCAGACAGAGAAAAGAGAGCCGCAGAACAACAAAGGAAGAAAAUGGAAAAGGAAGCGCAGCGGCUAAUGAAGAAGGAACAAAACAAAAUUGGUGUGAAGCUUUCCUAACCAAUGUUCUUCGAGUAUUACAGUGCCAGUAGGAGAAAUCUGAGCUCCACAACUCAGCCAACAUUUUUAUGGACUUAAGAGUAUUUUCAGAAUGCAGACACACUGCUUGAUUUUAAUGCAUUCAUCAGGCCAUCCAGGAUAUCAGGAUUCUCCAAAAGUACCUGAACCCUUAGCGAUUAAGAUUCAAGAAAACGAAAAAGACUAACGAGACAAUAUUUUCCUCAACAUGCUCCAAAUAAAAGACAAUUGUUUGCUGUACAGAAAUGAUCACAAAUGGAAUAUACCGGUACCUCUGAAGCUGACGUUUCUAGCUAAAUAAAUGGAUGUAAAUAAUUUUAUGGUGGAAAAGAACUCUGCUAUCUGUUAUGAUUUCCUUCAGUGUGUGUAAUGAUAAAAUAAAGAAUUUUAAUAUUCUUUUGUUUCCAUGGUUACCUGACCUAAAUUAGACAAAUUGUAGGCCUUUAACUUUCUUAUUUUUGUUGUCAGACUCUGGCAUUGGCAUACAUUUCCUCUAAAUUUGAAUUGGUAUUGUUUGAUACAACAUUAAGGAAUUUGAUGAUUUUGAUUUUCAUGAAAAUGACAUUAAAUGCAAUAAUUUUAUCAUAAA